AUGGCGACGGUCAAUCUCAUACCCCGCCACAUCUUCGGUCUUAAGCUGGAUGCCCACUCGAAUGUGGCUUUCGUCGACGACCAAACGGUGGCGUAUCCAGCCGGUCACCACAUUAUCGUGUGCUCCCUGGACGAUAAGCGCCAGAAAUUUAUCGCCGGCACGGAAGCCUCCGAGGGCGUCACUGCUACAGCUUUAACUCCCAGUCGCCGCUUUCUUGCUGUUGCAGAGCGCAGCGAGCGAGCGCUUGUUAGUAUUUUCGACCUCAAGACGCUCAAGAAACGCAAAGUGCUGAGCCCUGCCGAUGCUCAGGCUCGAAGCUACGUCAGCAAGCCAGUGGCCAGUGUCAAGGCCCCUCUUCACGUCAUGGCACCCCACGCAUCUCCAAGCUCGGCCAUGCUGGCACUCGCAGGCCAGUCGACGCAACAUACCAUUGCGUCUGGCUCAAACAACUCCGGCGGUAUUGCAUCCGCGGCUUGCCCACCUCAAGUAUCUGCGUGUUCAUUUAGCGAUGUGGAUGCUGGAUUGGUGUGUGUUACUGGAGUGGGGCUUAUUCGCUUCUUUCGAGUGCUCGAGACAGCCUUCCGCCCAUUGCCCAGCCCUCGAAUGGAGAGUCAUAUUUUCCUUGCGCACGCGUGGCUGAAGCAGAGCGACGACUAUCUAGUCGCUGGAUCUGCCGCGGGGGAUCUGAUGCUUUUCCACGGAGGAGAAUUUAUUACUCGUCUCAUCCGAUGCCAUCGUCACAAGAAGAUCAUUUCCCUUGAGGAUGCAGCCAAUACGCUAACGCUGCAGCGGCUCGUCCGCGUCGACCCAGGGUCAGGCUACGUCGCGACAAUUGCCGUGAGCCCUAAUGAAGAUGUCAUCGUUGUCACCACCUCCAACGCUCAACUACUCACUUUCCCCUACCAAAUUCACGUAUCAGGAGUGCAUUCUGGCGUCCCUGCUACUGUUUCGGUGGUGGAUGAGUCCGGUAAUGCUAGCCUUGGUGGCGCGUCUGGUGCAGCAGCAUCAGACACUGCGACAACUCAAAGUGAGGAUGUGGAAUACGUGAUUACAAGCUUCCAUCAGCCAAGCGACCCGAACACCGCUACUGGUGGAGGUAGCGGCGGUGUAUUGCACGUGACUGGUAUGGACGUGUGUGUGCGCAAGCCGCUCCUCGUGACGUGUGGUUUGGAUCGAACCGUUCGUGUCUGGAACUAUAUUGAUCGUACCUGCGAGGUGGUCAAGCGCUUUAAUGAAGAAGCUUUCAGUGUCGCCUGCCAUCCUUCUGGAUUACACCUGCUGGUUGGCUUUGCAGACAAACUUCGUCUGCUGAAUAUCCUCAUGGAUGACAUUCGCUCUUUCAAGGAGCUCCCAGUGAAGGCUUGUCGCGAGUGUCAGUUCAGCACUGGGGGGCAUCUCUUUGCGGCAGUUAACGGCAAUACCAUUCAGGUAUUCUCUCUUUUCACGGGUGAAUUAGUAGCUACACUUCGAGGUCACAACGGCAAGGUGCGCAGUCUUUACUGGAAUGCUGACGAUUCCAGUAUUGUCUCUGCUGGACUUGAUGGCGCAGUAUACCACUGGGAUCUUGAUGAGGCAAAGCGUGAGGCUGAGUUCGUACAAAAGGGUGUGUCCUACUACUCGGCGCUUUGCAAUCGUGAAGGAACCGCUAUCUACGCUGUGGGCGGCGAUCGUUUGCUUAAGGAGAUCGAGGUCCCGUCAUCCCAACUAACCAAAGAAUUUUUGUGUGACGCCACUCUGGGCCAGCUGGUGCUGUGUGGGUCCCAGCGCCUACUUUUUGGUGCUGGGGCAGAGCCCGAUCGUCCAGGAGCAAUACGAGCUUUCAAGUUCCCGCUUACGGGAGAAUCGACCGAGUUUCAAUGUCUCAGUGCUCCUAUUACUCGACUGCGCGUGUCUUUCGACGAUCAGUUCCUCUUUGCCGCUGGUGAGGAUGGCGCGGUAUGUAUCUUCGAAGUACGAGACAAGGAAGGACGCCCAAGUCGAAAUACUGGGAGGGACGGGGAUAUUUCUCUGUCAGCUUCAUCAGUUGCAGCAGCUGCAAUCAGCGGUGGCUAUGCUGGCACUUCAUCGUACCAUCAUGAGGGUUAUGGAGGGCAUGGAGGUAGCAUGGCUUCGUUUUCUGAAGAGAUUCUGGUGACAAAGUCAGAUCUAGAGGAAAAGAACACGUUGAUGCUGGAGCUAAAGAACAAGGUGGAUGAACUCAUGCUCCACAAUGAGUACCAACUGCGGCUUAAAGACAUGACGUACAAUGAAAACCUCAAAGACCUUACGGAGAAGUUCACACACGAAAUUGAGCUGGAGAAGAACAAGUACGAGCUCUUGAGAGAAGACAAGAACGACAUUGAAAUGGAGUACGAGGAGAAGAUCAAGCAGUUAGAAGAGCACCAUUUGCAACAGAUGCAGGAGACUGAGGCGGCAUUCCAGCAGAAGAUCAUGAAGGAGGUUGAGCAAUACCAGGAGGUGCUCACCCAGCGUGAGGCACAGUCUCAACACUGGAAAAGUGAGCAACAACGCCUCGUGACUACCCACGAUAAAUACGUGGCUGACGUGACGGAAGACUUUGAGCAACGUCUGAAUGAGGAUCGCCAGUUGCGGAUACAAAUGGAGGAGGAGAAGGACGAAUUGGGUCGCGAGUAUCGUGAAACGGUGGCACAAGUCGAGGCGGACGUGGACGAAGAAAUCGAGGCACUUAAGAAAAAAUAUGAAGACAAGGUGCAGGCUGAACGCGAGGCGACGCUUCGGUUCAAGGGCGAGAAUGGCAUCAUGAAGAAGAAGUUUUCUGCGCUGCAGAAGGAUAUCGAAGAUCAGCGCGACCAAAUUAAACUGCUGCUAGAGAAGGAAAAAGAACUGAUUGAAGCCAUAAAACAACUUGAAAAAGAGAUUCAAGCUCUCAAACGGGAGAUACGCGCACGUGAUGAGACCAUCGGAGAGAAGGAGAAGCGGAUUUAUGACCUGAAGAAGAAGAACCAGGAACUGGAGAAGUUCAAGUUUGUUCUGGACUACAAGAUCAAGGAAUUGAAGCGAGCCAUUGAGCCACGUGAAAAUGAAAUCGCCGAUAUGAAGGCUCAGAUCAAAGAGAUGGACCAGGAGCUAGAACUCUUUCACAAAAGCAACGCACAGCUCGAUGUGCUAAUCGGAGAGCAGCGGCAGCGCAUUAACUCUCUUCAGAAGGCUAUUGCUGGCCAUCGUCAAGUUCUAAGCGAUCAACAAACAUCGAUGAGACGUUUCCGGUGCGACCUCCACGAGUGUGUUCGCCAUCUUCAAUCACCCAAGGAGCUUGCUCUCCAGGUAGCGCAACUUUACAACAAGUACGUCACUCCCGACAAUGGCCCUGGAGGCUUUGGUUCAGCCAGCUUGGGUGCAGGAGGAGAAGUGGAAGCUGAGAUUCAGCUCGAGUAUGCCCGGCAGAAGCAAUACCUUGAAAAGUCGGUGCACGUCCUAAAGCGCAAAUACGCAGCCGAUGCGCAGGAACAUCAGCGCGAAAACUUACGGGCCACGUCUGAUAAUAUGCUUCUCAUUCGUGAGAUCAAUGAUCUCCGCAGUGCACUCAUUGCUGCCAAGAACAAUCUUCAGAUGGAACGGGCGACGUUGGCAACUACAGGAAUCGGAAUGAAUCGGGAAAAGGUCAACAGUGGCAAGUCCUUGGCGGCAGCUUUGGAAGCAGCAGGUGGAGAUCCCGACGUGCUCAUUGCCAGGCAGAGAACCGAAAUCGAAGAGCUGCGUCGGGCAGUGAAAGCUCUCGAGGACAAACUUGCGAGUGGUGGGACGGCAGGUAACAGGUCUGGCGACGUUUUUCCACCGAUCGGACGUGCCGUGGAUGGCUAA